UGAAUGACGAGAAUGGAGGCGAUAAACCCCCGCCCCGCCAAAUCUUCAACUCAAUCCUCACACUCUCAUUUCACCAAUGACAUAUCUUUCCCACUCACACUUUCUCACCCCCAUCUCUUUCUGCACCCUCCCUAAAACCCCAAUCUCCCUUUUCUCAUUUCACACCACCUUCCCCUUUUCCACGCUUUCUCCACCGAGAUUUACCUCACUCCCUAACCGGAGCCUCUCCCACCCCGUUCCGCACUUCACCGCCGCCGAAUUCUCAGGCUCCGUCGACGACGACGACGAAUUGGUUGAACUGCCAGAGGAAUCAGAAUUAGACCAUCAGGUUGAUGAUUCCGACGACGAAGAUGUUGAUGUCAUCGCGCUCGAGCAAGAAGCAAAGGAAGUUGUACUGGAGUAUUCAACCUCUCUAUCUCGCAUUUUGACUAUAGAAGAUGAGAGUAGUGAUGCCAAGGAAACGGAUAAAAAAUCCAAGAGGAAUAAACCGGAGAGAAAAAUUAUCCCUGACAAUCUUCUCCCAAGGAUUGCUAUUGUUGGAAGACCGAAUGUUGGCAAGUCAGCGUUAUUUAACCGUCUCGUUGGGGGCAAUAAGGCAAUUGUGGUGGAUGAACCCGGGGUUACGAGGGAUCGUUUAUAUGGCCGGUCAUAUUGGGGAGACCAUGAAUUCAUGGUGGUGGACACUGGGGGUGUUAUAACUGUUUCAAAAUCACAAUCCACUGUUAUGGAGGACCUGGAUAUUACGACGACAAUUGGUAUGGAUGGUAUUCCCCUUGCCUCUAGAGAAGCAGCUGUUGCCAGGAUGCCAUCAAUGAUUGAGAAACAAGCAAUUGCAGCUGUGGAAGAAUCAUCUGUUAUUGUUUUCCUGGUUGAUGGUCAGGCAGGUCUAAUAGCAGCUGACGUGGAGAUUGCUGAUUGGCUACGGAAAAACUACUCAAAUAAACGUAUCAUUCUAGCAGUUAACAAGUGUGAAUCUCCACGGAAAAGAAUUAUGCAGGCAUCUGAGUUUUGGGCCCUCGGGUUUGAACCAAUUCCAGUAUCAGCUAUAUCAGGGACCGGAACUGGAGAGCUUCUUGACCUUGUUUGUUCAGGGAUACAGAAAGUUGAGGAGCCAGAGAAUCUUGUUGAAGAAGAAGAUUAUGUUCCAGCAAUUUCUAUUGUUGGUAGACCAAAUGUUGGCAAAAGUAGCAUUUUAAAUGCACUGGUUGGUGAGGACAGAACAAUAGUUAGCCCCAUCAGUGGCACUACACGUGAUGCUAUUGAUACUGAAUUUAUUGGAGCAGAUGGCCAGAAGUUCCGUCUUAUCGAUACUGCUGGAAUCAGGAAAAGGACAACUGUAGCCUCAGCAGGAAGUACAACAGAGGCUUUGUCAGUGAAUCGAGCAUUUCGUGCUAUUCGUCGUUCUGAUGUUGUUGCUCUUGUCAUUGAAGCCUUGGCUUGUAUCACGGAGCAGGACUACAAGAUAGCUGAAAGGAUAGAAAAAGAAGGGAAAGGUUGUGUGAUUGUUGUAAACAAGUGGGAUACAAUACCAGAUAAAAACCAUCAGACUGCAUUACACUAUGAACAAGAUGUCAGAGAGAAGCUUCGCUUACUUAACUGGGCUCCAGUUGUUUAUUCUACUGCUCUAGCUGGCCAUAACGUUGACAAGAUCAUUGUUGCUGCUAGUGAAGUUGAAAAAGAGAGAUCAAGAAGACUGGGCACUUCUAUAUUGAAUCAAGUAGUACAGGAAGCGGUAACUUUUAAGUCUCCUCCCAGGACACGAGGUGGAAAAAGAGGGCGUGUAUACUAUUGCACUCAGGCUGCUAUAAGGCCGCCUACAUUUGUGUUCUUUGUCAAUGAUGCAAAACUUUUUUCUGAAACUUACCGCCGUUUUAUGGAGAAGCAGCUGCGUUCAAAUGCGGGAUUUCCUGGUACACCCAUUCGGCUUUUGUGGCGCAGCAGAAAAAAAAUGGAAAAAGAUGAAGGAAAAAAGGCGACGCGGUCCAAACAAAAUCCUGCUUCAUACCGUCGAAAAUUGAUACCAAUUACACAGUAGGAUCAACAUUUUAUCGUACAGAAGAAUUAGCUGUUGUUCUGUUUGUGUUAGAAAAGUGAAGAAUUGCUCCCUCAAAUGAUUUUGCUUCCUGAAAUUUAUGAAGGGUAUUAAAAGCUUAACUACACAGUAGGGAGGGAUUGCUGAAGUCUUGAUGAGAAUCUUGCAUUUGCUGUGAUCGCGAUCCUUUUGGUAAUUUUAGUAGGCACUUUUAAGUUGGCUUAAAUAGUCCAGGAUUCCUAAGUAACUUCAUAGAAAAUUUAUCCAUAGGUUCAUAGUAAAUUUAUCAAUAGAAGCAGUUGGAUUUAUAA